CAUUUAUUCCACUGGGAUAGAGGCAGCAGGAGCGGCGCUGGCACCGGCCAACCAUGGCUGCUGGGAUUGUCUCUUUCGUCCUCUUUUCGUUUUUCUGGGGGAUAUGCGAUGCUGUCACUGGUUCCAGGGUGUACCCCGCGAAUGAAGUUACCUUAUUGGAUUCCAGGUCCGUUCAGGGAGAACUUGGGUGGAUAGCAAGUCCUCUGGAAGGAGGGUGGGAGGAAGUGAGCAUUAUGGAUGAAAAAAACACACCAAUCCGAACCUACCAGGUGUGCAACGUGAUGGAAGCCAGCCAGAAUAACUGGCUCCGAACUGAUUGGAUCACCCGAGAAGGGGCUCAGAGGGUCUACAUUGAGAUCAAGUUCACCUUGAGAGACUGCAACAGCCUCCCUGGAGUCAUGGGGACUUGUAAGGAGACGUUUAACCUGUACUACUAUGAAUCAGACAACGACAAGGAGCGUUUCAUCCGAGAGAGCCAGUUUGGCAAGAUCGACACCAUUGCCGCCGACGAGAGCUUCACCCAAGUGGACAUAGGGGACAGAAUCAUGAAACUGAACACGGAGAUCCGGGAUGUUGGACCUCUGAGCAAAAAAGGCUUCUAUCUGGCCUUCCAGGAUGUGGGUGCCUGCAUCGCCCUGGUCUCGGUCCGAGUGUUCUAUAAGAAGUGCCCCCUCACCGUCCGAAAUCUGGCCCAGUUUCCAGACACCAUCACGGGGGCUGACACGUCUUCACUGGUGGAGGUUCGAGGCUCCUGUGUCAACAACUCAGAGGAGAAGGAUGUUCCAAAAAUGUACUGUGGGGCAGAUGGUGAAUGGCUGGUCCCCAUUGGCAACUGUCUGUGCAAUGCUGGGCACGAGGAACGCAAUGGAGAAUGCCAAGCCUGCAAAAUUGGGUAUUACAAGGCCCUCUCUACAGAUGCCACCUGUGCCAAAUGCCCACCCCACAGCUACUCUGUCUGGGAGGGAGCUACAUCGUGCACCUGUGACCGAGGCUUUUUUCGAGCUGACAGCGACGCUGCCUCUAUGCCCUGCACACGCCCACCCUCUGCUCCUCUCAACUUGAUCUCAAAUGUCAACGAGACUUCCGUAAACCUGGAAUGGAGCAGUCCUCAAAACACUGGUGGCCGCCAGGAUAUUUCCUACAAUGUCGUGUGCAAGAAAUGUGGAGCUGGAGACUCCAGCAAGUGCCGCCCCUGCGGAAGUGGGGUCCACUAUACCCCCCAGCAGAAUGGCCUGAAAACCACCAAAGUCUCCAUCACAGACCUCCUCGCUCACACCAACUACACCUUUGAAAUCUGGGCGGUGAACGGAGUAUCCAAGCACAACCCAAGCCCCGACCAGUCCGUGUCUGUCACAGUGACAACCAACCAAGCAGCACCAUCAUCCAUCGCUCUGGUCCAGGCUAAAGAAGUCACAAGAUACAGUGUCGCUCUGGCUUGGCUGGAACCAGAUCGACCCAAUGGAGUCAUCUUGGAGUAUGAAGUCAAAUAUUAUGAAAAGGAUCAGAACGAGCGAAGCUAUCGAAUUGUCAGGACGGCUGCCCGGAACACGGAUAUCAAAGGCCUGAACCCCCUGACUUCCUAUGUUUUCCAUGUCCGCGCCCGGACAGCUGCUGGCUAUGGAGACUUCAGUGAGCCACUGGAGGUCACAACUAACACAGUGCCUUCCCGGAUCAUUGGGGAUGGGGCCAACUCCACUGUCCUGCUGGUGUCUGUCUCAGGCAGCGCGGUGCUGGUGGUCAUUCUCAUAGCAGCCUUUGUCAUCAGCAAGAGAAGGAGCAAAUAUAGUAAAGCAAAGCAAGAAGCAGAUGAAGAGAAACAUUUGAAUCAAGGUGUCAGGACGUAUGUGGACCCGUUUACGUAUGAAGACCCUAACCAAGCAGUUCGAGAGUUUGCCAAAGAAAUUGAUGCAUCCUGCAUUAAAAUUGAAAAAGUCAUAGGAGUUGGUGAAUUUGGAGAAGUGUGUAGUGGACGUCUCAAAGUACCCGGCAAGAGAGAGAUCUGUGUGGCCAUCAAAACCCUGAAGGCUGGUUAUACAGACAAACAGAGAAGAGACUUUCUGAGUGAGGCCAGCAUCAUGGGACAGUUUGACCAUCCGAAUAUAAUUCACUUGGAAGGAGUCGUCACCAAAUGUAAACCAGUAAUGAUCAUAACAGAGUACAUGGAGAACGGUUCCUUGGAUGCUUUCCUCAGGAAGAAUGAUGGGAGAUUUACAGUCAUUCAGUUGGUGGGCAUGCUUCGUGGCAUUGGAUCUGGGAUGAAGUAUUUAUCUGACAUGAGCUACGUACAUCGAGACCUGGCUGCGCGUAACAUUCUAGUCAAUAGCAACUUAGUCUGCAAAGUCUCUGAUUUUGGCAUGUCCCGUGUGCUUGAAGAUGACCCGGAAGCAGCUUACACCACCAGGGGUGGCAAGAUUCCUAUCCGGUGGACUGCGCCAGAAGCAAUUGCCUAUCGUAAAUUCACAUCCGCAAGUGAUGUAUGGAGCUACGGAAUUGUGAUGUGGGAAGUGAUGUCUUAUGGCGAGAGACCCUAUUGGGACAUGUCCAAUCAAGACGUGAUUAAAGCUAUUGAGGAAGGCUACCGGCUCCCUCCUCCCAUGGACUGCCCCAUCGCACUGCACCAGCUGAUGCUGGACUGCUGGCAGAAGGAGAGGAGCGACAGGCCUAAAUUCGGGCAGAUUGUCAACAUGCUGGACAAACUCAUCCGCAACCCCAACAGUCUGAAGAGAACGGGCUCUGAGAGCUCCAGGCCCAACACUGCUUUGUUGGAUCCAAGCUCCCCUGAAUUCUCUGCUGUGGUAUCCGUGAGUGAUUGGCUCCAGGCCAUUAAAAUGGACCGGUAUAAAGAUAACUUCACGGCUGCUGGUUAUACCACACUAGAGGCUGUAGUACACAUGAACCAGGAUGACCUGGCAAGAAUUGGUAUCACAGCUGCUACACACCAGAAUAAGAUAUUGAGCAAUGUCCAAGCAAUGAGAACCCAAAUGCAGCAGAUCCAUGGUAGAAUGGUUCCUGUCUGAGCCAGUACUGAAUAAACUCAAAACUCUUGAAAUUAGUUUACCUCAUCCAUGCACUUUAAUUGAAGAACUGCACUUUUUUUACUUCGUCUUCGCCCUCUGAAAUGAAAGAAAAACAAAAAAAGAAAGAAAAAAGAAA